GUGCCAUGAUUCUGACAUUUGACAUAUGAUCCUCAUAGGAUUAGGCUAGAUAGUUUCAGUGGGGCAGUAAAUGUAAUCUCAAUACAAUACAAUGUGCAUAUAAUGUACAUAUAGCCAAUAUAGCUAUUAAACCCGUGUUCAGUGAAUGCAAUCUGUGACGCAAGUGGCCGAAUAUGUUUGUGACGUUCCAUGGAACCCACGGUAUUGUUUAAAACUCGAUUCUGAUUGGCCUGCAGGUCAUUCUACAGUGUAAAUUAUAAAUGAAAACGUGCUUUUAUAUCAGUGUGACAGAUUCACAAUACCGAGCGUGUCUCAAACCGUCCCGCGCUUUUAUCUGCCUAAAGGUAUCUUCACGCACGACUGGAUAGGCCUUUUAGAUACGCUUGUCCAAGGCCCAAGACAUAAAGUUGCCUGAAAGCUGUGUAGCAAUAAGUCCUGCUACUGACCCAUAGGAUGGUAAUCACAUACAUGAUUGGCUUAAUCAAGAAUCAUGGAUACCGUUCAUAACUCAUCACAAGUUGGAACUAGUGGUCAACAUUGGGACAAUGCAGCCCAAAAUAACAGGGCUGAAUAUUUUCAUGGAGUGAGCAAGACCUGCCAGCAGAGCUCACUGGAGCAGGGAGACAUCCCAUCAUCCUUUUGGCGCCUGACAAAGCUUGAGAUUCAGAUCCUGCUGAACGAUGUUAAGCAGUCGAUUAACCACAUGCAGGGGACGCUGAACACCAUGCAGGGGCAGUGUAUUGAGUUGCAGACUGCCAUGUCUAAGAUCAUGACAGUAACCGAAGUUGCUGUGCAGAGGGAGGAGAACGUCCGAGCAUCAAGCCUCAUCCCGUCACAGAGGAAGGGUAUCCUCCAAACAGCCAGUGUCCCUUCACAGAGGGAGGGGAUUCUCUCAGCCGCCAGCAUUAAUGCACAGAGGGAGGAGAUCCUCCAAUCAUCAGGCCUCAUCCCUGCACGGAGGGAGGGGAUCCUCCAAACAGCCAGUGUCACUGCGCAGAGGGAGGAAAUCGUCCCAAUGGCCAACGCCCCUGCGCACAGGGAGGGGAUUGUCCCAAAGGCUAGUGCCCCUGCUGAGAGGGAGGAGAUCCUCCGAGCAUCAGGCCUCAUCCCUGCACAGAGGAAGGGGAUCCUCCAAACAGCCAGUGUCCCUGCACAGAGGGAGGGGAUUCACCAAACAGCCAUUGUCCCUGCACCGAGGGAGGGGAUUCUCCGAGCAGCUAGCAUCACUGCGCAGAGGGAGGAGAUCCUCAGAGCGUCAGGCCUCAUCCCUGCACAUAGGAAGGGGAUCCUCCAAACAGCCACUGUCCCUGCACAGAGGGAGGGGAUUCUCCGAGCAGCUAGCAUCACUGCGCAGAGGGAGGAGAUCCUCAGAGCAUCAGGCCUCAUCCCUGCACAUAGGAAGGGGAUCCUCCGAGCACCAGUCCUCAUCCCUACAAAGAGGGAGGGGAUUCUUCCAGCAGCUUCUAUCACUGCGCAGAAGAAUAAGAUCCUCAGAGCAUCACAACUCACCCCUGCACAAAGGGAGUUGAUCCUCCAUAUGACCAGUGUCACUGCGCAGAGAAAGGGAAUCCUCCCAAAGGCCAGCGUCCCUGCGCACAGGGAGUGGAUCGUCCCAAAGGCUGGUGUCCCUGCAGAGAGGGAGGAGAUCCUCCUCACAGCCAGUGUCCCUGUGAAGAAUCAAAACAAUCACCCACAACCACCUCCCAUCAUCCCCAUGGUGGCACCACUGUGGAAAUGGGAUGGUGGAGCGUGUACUCCACCUGUGGAUUUCUAUUCCAAGAGAAGAGAUGUCCGACUUAGAUAUGUUGAGCAUCCUGCUAUGAUGUCCAUCACCAAGCCGGAACACUCCGAUGCCAACCCUCAGUUCCAGACUGGCACCCGGCCGGUGGCUGAGCCCGAGACCCCUGCUGUUCACAAUAACAGUGGAGGCUGGCUCAGCUGGGUCUUUGGGAGUGGAAGAGCUAAUAAGAAGGAGGUUCAUCUACCUGAGGACAAAGACAGAUCUAUUGUCUGGGAUCCAACUCUGCACAGAUGGGUUAACAAAACUGAGCCCACGGCUGAGAACAAGUGUGUACAACCACCUCCACCGAUGGGGACAUAUGGAUAUCAGGGGAACACUGGCAGUGUCCCCAAAGGAGUGAAUCCUUACUCUAUGAAAGCAGCAGGUCUAUGGGGCAGCAGAUACCCUACAAUGCAUUUCAAUGAUGGGACCAACUCAAAGCCUCCAAGCCAUGGGCCCGGACUGCUUACUAGACAGCUCUCUGGCUUGCUCCCUCCUUCACACUUUGACCUCAUGGCACCAAUGGUUGUGCCACCUGACACUCUACCCUACUGAGGUAUGACUCUGGAAAAUCCUUCCAAAUUGUAUCCAUUCAUCAUUAACUGAGAUUUUACUUGAACAUAGCAAUUGGCUGAAGUAGCAAGAAU